AUGGCGUCUCACAAUCUGUUUGUGGCACAAUCAUCCCCACUACUGCUUCCUUCUCAUCAUCCAUCCAAACCCAGAGGAGUUUCCGGGAAAAUGAUUGUGAGGUGCACUUUGGAGCAAACUGCACCAAGUAAGGCUAGGGCUAAACAUCUAGUAUCAGGUCUUGCAGCAUCAAUAGUAUUUCUCACUCAAGUUAACCCGGUGGUCGCAGCAGAUCUUUCUUAUCAGAAUAAUAAUAUGUGCCAACUCGCAAGUGCUGCAGACAACCUGCCAAGUCUUCCUUUGGAGGGAGGGAACGACAAUGAUGGAAUGCUGAUGAUGAUGAGAGGUAUGACUGCGAAGAACUUUGACCCGACUAGAUAUGCUGGACGAUGGUUUGAAGUAGCUUCACUUAAACGCGGGUUUGCUGGACAAGGUCAGGAAGAUUGCCACUGUACCCAGGGGAUUUAUACCUUUGAUGUAAAUGCAGCUGCUAUACAAGUUGAUACCUUCUGUGUUCAUGGUGGACCUGAUGGCUAUAUUACUGGGAUAAGAGGGAAAGUUCAAUGCCUUUCUGAGGACGAGACACUAAAAACCGCGACUGAGCUUGAAAAGCAAGAGAUGAUAAAGGGAAAGUGUUAUCUCCGGUUUCCCACACUCCCGUUUAUCCCCAAGGAGCCUUAUGAUGUGAUCGCAACUGAUUAUGACAAUUUCGCCAUAGUUUCGGGAGCUAAAGACAAGAGCUUUGUUCAGAUUUAUUCGAGGACACCUGAUCCAGGACCCGAGUUCAUUGAGAAGUACAAAGCUUACUUAGCGGAUUUUGGAUAUGAUCCGAGCAAAAUCAAGGAUACUCCACAAGAUUGCGAGGUCAUGUCUAAUAGUCAGCUUUCGGCAAUGAUGUCCAUGGCCGGGAUGCAACAAGCUCUAAACAACCAAUUUCCCGAGCUAGAGUUGAAGGCCCCUGUUGCAUUCAACCCAUUUACGAGUGUGUUUGACACUCUGAAGAAGCUUGUUGAGCUUUAUUUCAAGUAGUAAACUUUCUGUUUCUCUUUGUACUAAGCUGCCCUCUGUAACUGAUUUCUCUUCAAUGUUAAAAUGUAUAGCCAUGAUUCAUAGUUA